ACGAGAUACUGAAUGUGCGCAUGCGUGGUAACAUAGAAGCCCACGAAGUGCAUACCAAGACCCUCCCGCAUGCUUGGGUGGCAUGGCUGCAGCUACUUGCCUGCUUGGAAGCUGGCCACCGCAUCCUUAUCUCUCCGCCGAGGCAUGGCGACAGUGUACCUUCUGCUCCAGGAAGCUGUAUCACUCUUGACUGAGCUUGGCAUCGUGCAUCGUGCUGGGCUGGACCACGCCUCGGUACCAUAGGCCUCUCAGCAUACUUAUCUCUGGUGUGGUAUGUAAUGUGGGUUUCUUGUCAUUGCUUUUUGUUGGUAAAUACUACCUCCCUUCACCUGCUUUCGCGCUGACGCUCUGCCUGCUAUACUUUUACUCCUUCCAAGUUCGUUGCCAUGGCGGAGUCAUACCAAACGGAGAAGAAGGGCAAGCUUAACGAUGGCGGCCACGAUCUCGACUUCGAAACCGUUCCUGUGCCGGCCUUCAGUGAUGAUGAGCCGGUCGAGUUUGAGGAAAAGCAGGAGCUGAGGCGCGGUCUUCACCAACGCCACAUCCAGAUGAUUUCCCUUGCUGGUACCAUUGGCACAGGUUUGUUUCUCGGCAGCGGCAAGGCCAUCGCUCGAGGUGGACCCCUUGGUGCACUGCUCGGUUAUAUCUUCGUUGGCAUCCUGGUCACUGGGCCAGUCCUUAGCAUUGCAGAAAUGAGCGCGCUGGUGCCACUUAGUGGUGGUGUCAUAAGGCACGCGGAGUACUUCGUCGACCCGGCAUUGGCAUUCGCGAACGGAUGGAAUACGGUGUACAACUACAUGAUGAGCAUUCCCGCCGAGAUAGUUGCUGCUGCGGUCAUUGUCGACUUCUGGUCCAGCAUAAACAACGGUGCUUGGAUUACAAUCUUCGGCGUCUUAGUCAUUGCAAGCAAUAUCUUCCUGGUACGAAUCUAUGGCGAGCUGGAGUUCUCGUUCGCUAUCCUCAAGAUCAUGCUCGUGGUAGGAUUGAAUCUUAUGGCACUGGUGUUGGUAUGUGGCGGAGGCCCAGACCACCAUGCGUAUGGCUUCCAGUACUGGCGGAACCCCGGCCCACUCGUGCAGUACCUGGGUAUCGCCGGCGGUCUCGGUCGUUUCCUCGGCUUCUGGACGACGUUCAGUAACGCUUCUUAUGCAUACCUCGGUGUUGAGACCAUAUCCGUCGCUGCCGCCGAGACCAAGUCCCCUCGCCGCAACAUUCCACUUGCGGCAAAGCGCAUCUUUUGGAGAGUUCUGCUCUUCUACGUUAUUUCGAUUUUCUUCGUUGGGAUGUUGGUUCCAUCGAAUGACCCGGACUUGCUCUCAGGAAGCGGAACGGCUCACUCACCUUUCGUGCUCGCUGCCUCACGCGCAGGUGUGAAAGUUGUACCGAGCAUCAUCAAUGCUGUCGUCCUGACUUCGGCGUGGAGCGCUGGCAACUCCGGGAUGUUACUUGGCUCCCGGACACUGUUCGGUCUGGCGCGGGAGGGCCGAGCACCCAAGAUCUUUGCCAGAGUGAGCCGCUUCGGCAUCCCGUAUGUCGCAGUCAUUUGGUUCAGCUUGUUCAUCUGUCUGGGCUAUAUGACUCUUUCCAACGGCGCGGCUACCGUUUUCGGCUGGCUUCAGGACUUGGUCGCUGUAGCUGGUAUGAUCAAUUGGACCAUCAUCUGCCUGGUCUACCUUCGGUUUUAUUAUGCGAUGAAGAAACAAGGCAUCCCACGCUCUCGUCUUCCGUGGAAGGCACCGUUCCAACCGUACAUUGCAUGGCUUGGAGUCAUUGCUUUCCCCCUCCUGGUCCUCACCGGAGGAUACACCACCUUCAUCCACAACCACUGGGACAAUGAGACUUUUGUGUCUUCUUACAUCGACAUUCCAAUCGUGUUGCUGCUGUACUUUGGCUACAAAGUCGUGACUAAGAGCAAGAUUGUGCCGCUGGCUGAAGUGCCAAUCAUGAAAUACAUAGAGAUUGCAGAGCAGAACCCGGAACCGCUGGAGCCACCAAAGAAGAAGUGGAAGAUGUUCAACUUGUUGUGGGAGUAGGUGCGGUGACAGGAGUACAUGCAGAAGGGCGCAGACAAGUGCAACGUUUAGUCAGCGGGGGUGGGUUUGUCUUCUCGCCGAGGCGUAUCCCAGUAGAGGGCCGUCUGCACAAUACAAGUGCGAUUUGGCUGCGAAUUC